AUGGGCGAGAGGGCGUCCGACCCACCCCCCAGCAGCUCGGUUUGGGGGUGCAGCCCCCCUGGGGGACCUGCUGACCCACGGACACCCCCCCGGGGGCGCGCAGGGUACGAGGUGACGGUGCUGGUGCGGGACCCGGCACGGCUGCCCCCUGAGCGGCGCCCGGCGCGCGUGGUUGUGGGCGAUGUGCUCAACGGCGCCGACGUGGAUCGCGCUGUGGAAGGCCAGGACGCCGUCCUCAUCAUCCUGGGCACCCGCAAUGACCUCAGCCCCACCACCGUGAUGUCCGAGGGCACCAAGAACAUUGUGGCUGCCAUGAAGGCGCAUGGCGUCAGGAAGGUGGUGGCCUGCCUGUCGGCUUUCCUGCUGUGGGACCUGGAGAAGGUGCCGCCGCGGCUGCGGCCGGUGACCGAGGACCACGUGCGCAUGCACCGCGUGCUGCAGGAGUCCGGGCUCGACUGCGUCUCCGUGAUGCCACCACACAUUGCCAACGACCAGCCGCUGACCGGCGACUACGUGGUGACGGUGAACGCGUCCGGCGGCUCCCGCGUCAUCUCCAAGCACGACCUGGGCCACUUCCUGCUGCGCUGCCUGGGCACGGGCCAGUACGAUGGGCAGAACGUCUACGUGUCGCAGCACUACGGCCCAGCCUAG